AUGCUGCUGUGCGAUGUUGCCCUAGGCAAGAUCAAGCCGGAGAAAAAUGCUCAAAUGCAUAGUUUGGAGACCAUCAAAGGAUACAAUAGUGUUCAAGGAAUUGGCGCUACCCAGCCGGAUCCGAGUGACAAGUUUGAAAUGGAAGAUGGAUGCGUUAUCGUCAAAGGAAAACCGGUUGAUGAUAAUCGAUCAAACCACUGUUUAUUCUAUAACGAAUUCAUUGUUUACGAUGUCGAUCAAAUACGAAUGCGUUACUUGCUCCGAUUACGCUUCAAAAGUCCUCAUUAG